CUACCUGCUCGCAGUGUUUACAUUUACUGGCUAGAUUGUUUUAACCUAACUAUUUGUGAGUCUUUAAAGGUAUGGCAACUAUAGUGAAUUGUUUACAUUUAUAUCUUGUACCAUAUGUUACUCAUUAAUUCAGUGAGUAAAAGCGUUCUUAUGUUAUAAUGGACCGUAGCUCGCAGUGUUUUGUCUUUAGAUUUGCAACCUUUUGGUUGAACCAGACCCUGCUCUUGUUGUGAGUACCAUCGGAUGUUAAUUUACCACAGCUAUGCCGCAGAAGGACCAGUGAUUAGUGAAGCUCUGCUGAUUAUAAAGAUGCAGGCUCGUUUGAUGUCAGUGUGGUGUUGGUUUGGAUCUGAUCGUCCUGGAUUCUGCCUGGGAACAUCUUUCCUGACAUCACUCAUACUGCUGAUGUAUUCUGGGAGCAUCCAGGGAAGUCUCAGUUUAGGGCCAGGGGGAGACUUUCCAAGGUUCAAAGAUUUUUUCCUCUAUGCUCUCAGUCAUGAUGAUUCCCUCUCCCUGCUGGUCAGUGUGGCCCUCCUGCUGCUGUUUGGACCCUGUCAGGAGCGUCGCUGGGGGACAGUAGCCUUCCUUGCGUUGUCCUUCCUAACAAUAGCUGCCCUGCCAUGUCUUUACACACUCGUCCUCUUUGUGGGCAGCGGUGAGGCCAGCAGGAUCUGUGGCUACUCUGCUGUCCAGCUGGCCCUGUUCACUGCGCAGUGUCGGCAGGUGACACAGAGGAGGCUCCUCAGGUGCCUGCCAGUCUGGUUUCUCCCCUGGCUCCUCCUGCUGAUCUGCCUGCUGCUGCUGCCUGGGACUCCUGCCCUCCUUCACUUCUGCGCCAUUUGCAUUGGACAUAACUAUCGUCAGUCAUUUAUUGGGACGCUACAGGAGUUUGAAGAGGCGAGAGUCUUUGAUCUUAUUCCAGACUGGGUGUAUAUUCCCUUUUCAGCCAAGCUCAGAUUGCCCACGUAUUCUACCUCACAAAGAUCGAGAUCACAUUCUCUGAGACUACCUACAGAUCAGGCAGCAAGUCCCUCAAUAAGCGAUGAUCGCUCUGCACUGAACACCCAGUCAUGGCUUGAACCUGUGCCUGCCUGGUUAAUGGAAGAAUCUCCAGCGCUGUCAGAAGCAGACGUGCUGGAGGAGCAGAUGCUGAGGGCAGGAAUACUUGCCUCAUUACAAGGGCUCCCCGAUGACCCUGACACUAAAGUGGAGGUGCCCAAAUCAUCAGUUUCCUCUCUGCGACUCCAGCAGCUGGAGAAGAUGGGCUUCCCCACAGAGAAAGCUGUCGUGGCUCUUGCAGCAUCCAAGCAGCUAGACGGCGCCAUCUCGCUGCUGAUCGACGACAGCGUUGGAGAGCAAGCCGUGGUGGUGUCAAAGGGAAAAAGCCACAGCCCUCCAUUAAACACCUGAAUGUGCCCACAGUCCUGGACGGAGGCUCCUGUGACUGCCUGUGCAGUGAGCCAGAUACGUGCUAUGCUUGGGUUUUGCUGAGCUUCAGUAUUUUCCCUGUGGGUUAUUGACUACUCUGAUCAUCUCUUGUUCUUCUCCAGUUUUAUUUUGAGCACACUUGUGUACCUGUACGUCGGAGGGUGGACGGUAUUUAUUUUUUUUCAAGAUUCUGAAUGUGUUUUGAGUACAAAUGAAAGCAUCAAUGUAGUACUUAGUGCUUUGACCUCGCAGGGAGAACAGACCUGGUUCAGCUUUAGAUCCGGGACCCUUUCUGUGUCUGGUUUGCACUUCUUCCUGUGCAUGUGUGGAUUUACUCCCACAGUGCAAAGACAUUUAUUUGAGGAUGAUUGGGGAUAGUAAUUUGCCUGUAGAUGUGAAGGUGAUUGACUGGGUCUCUCUGUGUUGCCCUGUAAUUGACUGCUGAUCUGUUCACGGUACAUGCUGCAUGCUUCACCAAUAAUCAGCUGGGAUUAGCUCCAGUUCCGGCUCUGAGUUGGAUAAUGUCGGAUGGAUAGAUGAAGACAGGUGAGGUUGACCCAGUAUUU